UUUGACACAGAGCCCACAUACUAUAAGUUAUAAUCUUUCACAAAAUAUGCUCCGCGGUUUUUCGUUAUUCAGAUAAUCAAACGAGACAUUGAAUACAACGUUUCAUUCAACUAUAUUGUCUUACCUCUACUUCUUGAGCGAUGGCAAGAAUUCUGGAGUUGCUCGUCCUGUUAUCGGUUUAUCAAGCAGUUCAUACUCAAAGGACAAUUCGUUGGGGAAAAUUCCUUUGCUACCAGGUAGAAAAUAAAUGCAAGCAAGACUUCAUUGGAUCCCCCGGAGCCCGUGGGCCUAUCGGAAUCACGGGACUAACAGGGGCAACCGGGAGGAAAGGAAGUAGGGGUCAGAAAGGUGCUAAGGGAUACAGUUAUAUUGUAGACCCCUAUCCACUUAUUGGACUCAAAGGGAGAAAAGGUCAACCAGGCCUUCCGGGUCGACAAGGACCCACAGGGUUACCUGGGAACAGUGGAUUCAAAGGAGCUCGGGGAGAACAGGGAGUCCGUGGACCUAAGGGGGACAAAGGGUCCCCCGGUUUUCCUGGUAGAGAAGGACGGAAAGGUCAGCCGGGAAGGUCUGGAUCAAUCUACAGCUGGAAGAUUUGUACAUGGGACCACGAUCCUCGGCAACAGUAUGGAUUGCUCAAG